GACGCCUGGGACGCAGAGAGGGAAAGGCAGAAUGCCCCACUCUUUCCAUCCGGUUAGUCUCCUGGGUCCCGGAGUGCUGAGCUCCACCCUCCCGGUGUUAACACCUGGCGGUGGGGCGUGCCUCAGUUUCCCGGAGGCGGGGCGCUUCUCCUCCCUCUCCUGCCCCUCCCCUCCCCUCCCCUUUCUUCUCGGGUUCCUCUUCGGGGAGCUGAAGGCCGUGCUUCGAGCUCCCGGAACUAAAGCUGAGCGCCCGGCCAUCUACAGGCGGGGGCCACGUCAGCGGGGCGGCGGGGCUCGGUGGGAGCCGGGGAGCGCCAUGCGGCGGGGCGCGCUCCUGGCGGGCGCCCUGGCCGCUUACGCCGUGUACCUAGGGCUGGGCGCGCUGCUGGUGGCGCGACUGGAGGGGCCGCACGAGGCUCGGCUCCGCGCGGAGCUGGAGAUGCUGCGGGAGCAGCUGCUGCGGCGCAGCCCGUGUUUGGCCGCCCCCGCUCUGGACGCCUUCGUGGAGCGAGUGCUGGCAGCCGGCCGGCUGGGACGCGCAGCGCUCGCCAACGCUUCGGGGCCCGCCAACGCCUCGGACCCCGCCUGGGACUUUGCCUCAGCUCUCUUCUUUGCCAGCACACUGGUCACCACCGUGGGCUAUGGGUACACAACACCGCUGACUGAUGCGGGCAAGGCCUUUUCCAUUGUCUUUGCGCUCCUGGGCGUGCCGGCCACCAUGUUGCUGCUGACUGCCUCAGCCCAGCGCCUGUCACUGCUGCUGACCCAUGCACCCUUGUCCUGGCUGAGCAUGCGCUGGGGCUGGGACUCCCGGCGGUUGGCCCUCUGGCACCUGGUGGUUCUGCUGGGGAUCAUGGUGACCACCUGCUUCCUGGUGCCCGCCGCAAUCUUUGCCCACCUUGAGGAGGCCUGGAGCUUCUUGGAUGCCUUCUACUUCUGCUUCAUCUCUUUGUCCACCAUUGGCCUGGGUGACUAUGUGCCUGGUGAAGCCCCCGGCCAGCCCUACCGGGCCCUCUACAAGGUGCUGGUCACAGCCUACCUCUUCCUGGGUCUGAUUGCCAUGGUUUUGGUGCUGCAGACUGUCCGGCAUGUGUCUGACCUUUACGGCCUCACAGAGCUCAUCCUGCUGCCCAGCCCACGCCCUGCCGGCUUCCAUGAGGAUGAGGAUGAUCGGGUGGACAUUCUGAGUCCCCAGUCAGAACCACACCAGCAACUCACCACCAGCUCCCACACCAACUACGCCUCCAUCCCCAGGUAGCUGGGGCAGGCACCUUGAGACUGGAUGGACCUAGCCUGCGGCUGAGGGACCAUGUGACUGGAACUGACAUACGACCCUCGUGGGCACAUGCCAGUGCUCAUGAGAGCACUGCCACCAGCUGUCCAUCCUUUGUCGUACCUGUCCUGGGCUCCCCAAGCACCUGCAUUGCUUUGUUCUGGCUCCUUCUCUCAUCUCCCCCUCAUUCAGUGCUUCUUUGGCUUUCUCACCGUCUCUGUCUUUCCCUCUCAACGUCUCUUUUUUUCUUACUCUUUUAUUCCAUCUGCUUCUCUCAGCAACUCAACAUCUACAGUUCUACCAGGCUCUGGGCUCAGGUAUCAUUUCAGGCACUAGAUCAGUCACUUCACCCUGGGCAAGUGACAGUCCGUUCUGAGCCUUCAUUUUCUUAUCUGUCCAUUGGAAAGAACACAGGAUGGGGCAAAAGUAGGUUUACAGUUGUUCAUAUGGAAAAUGAUACAAUGAUCAAUAAAUAAUACUAGAAUAAA